AUGAUUUGGAAACCCUUCACUUUCGCUGCGCUCUUUUCGGCCGCUGCCGUCGCUGACCCUGCGCCAGAGUCCCACGACUCCCCCACGGACGUUUCCUACAGAGCCACCUUCACCAAGGGCGUAGACGGCUACGUCAACUUCUCGUCGAAAAACGGCUCCGUCAUUGUCGAUGUGGACAUCUCGGGCUUGCCCAACUACGGCGGUCCUUUCAUGUACCACAUUCACGAAAAGCAGGUUCCUUCGGACGGCAACUGUACGGGAACCAAGGCCCACUUCAACCCUUACCACGGCUACGAAAAGGCCCCCACGCCUGCUGAGUUGGAGGUGGGCGAUCUUUCGGGCAGACACGGCGAGAUCCAAGCCCAGCUGUUCCAGACCUCGUACAUUGACCCUUACCUCUCGUUGAACCCAGACAACAAGGCUUUCUUUGCCAACUUGUCUGUGGUGGUGCACCUUCACAACACUUCGAGAAUUGCUUGUGCCAACAUCACCAAGGAGUACACUGUUCCUCCAGUGGAGGGUGGUGCCAGCGGCAAGACUCUUGCGGCCGGUGCUGUUGCCUUGGCUGCUGGCGCCUUGCUCAUCUGA